CGCGGGCCGUCGGGAGCCGCGCGUUUCGAAAGUUCUGUCAUGGCGGCGUCGAGCGGGGAGUCGGUUCCGGCUCCGGCUCCGACUCCGGCUCCGGCUCCGACCCGAGAGCUGGAGCUGACUCCGGCCCCGGCGUUUUACCAGGGCAGCGGCGACGGCUCCGGCGACUUGAAGGCCUGCGCUCUGGUCCGCAUGAGGGACCAAAUGAAGGAGCAGCUCAUAGAGCAGAACACGGCUAUUCUUGCCGGUCAGGAAAAUUUCCCUGAUCAUGAAAUGGAAGAACACUUUAUCCAGAGUGCCACAGAAGAUUUGGAAAGAGAUCUAGAAGAUGCAGCAGUCUCUUUGCACAACAGGACGUUGGCCUUGCAAAGGGCCCAAAUUGUGGAUGCCCUCAGAAACAAAUUGGAUCAAGAUGAUGAGGACUCACGUCUGAUCCUGAAAACAGUGCAAGACAUAGACCUGCUCAGCUGGAUGAUAAUUGACUAUCAGCAGCAAGUACAUCAGAAGGAAAAGCAGCUGACUGACAUUAAAAUGGAAAGACUCUUACAGAAAAAAUAUGGAGGAGACAAACUACAGCAAAAUCAUACCAUGGAGAAAAGGCAAAAGGAGAAACAAGCAUAUGUGAAUGUAUGUGAAGUAGACAAGAUGCUUCAUAAAAUAGAACGAGGAAGAAGGAUUACUACAAUAAUUCAACAUGUGUUCCAGAACAUCAUCAUUGCAAGCAGAAUUAACUGGGCAGAAGAUGAAUAUUUAAAGGCAAUUGUUCUACAUCUUGAAAAAAAUGUAGUGAGUCAGUGAGUCAGGAGAUGUGGUGUUUAUUUUAUACAUUGUGUGCAUUUUAACUAAACUUGAUAAAUUUUAUGUAUCUUAAAUUUUAAAAUGUGACCUUUUUGGUCAAAUGUUCUCUCCAGAGAAAUAGACUGUGUCAAAGGGGCUGGUAGAGCUGAUGAAAUGAAACUACCUGAAGACUCGUUUCUCAAGCUGUCCUGUCUCAAGCACUUCUUUUCCUCUGAGAGGCAGAAAGAACACAAGAAAAGUUUCAAGGUUUCAAGAAAUGGACUUAAACUGAGGAUUUGCUCUACCCCUUCCCUGGGGACCAGCAGCCAUAGAGCUCAAGCAGGGUGCACAACCCUGCUGAGUCCCAGUCAAAUGCUCAGUCAGGAAAAUUUAUGAGCAAGUCUGGAGUUGGGACUAUUUUUGGUUUUGAGGCAUUAUGUAUAAUUUUAAACACCAAAAAUUUUUGCUCCUGUUAGCACUGACUCUUGUCUGCAGAGGUGACUUCAUACAGUCGACUGUGCAGCUAAGCAAUGUCUUAAUUGCAUGUCUUCACUAGAAUUUGUGCUUUUUUAACUUGGUGUUCUUUGUUUGAUGUUUGAAGGAAAUUGACUCUUGGGGCAUAGCACAGUUUAGGAAUGUGUAGUGUCAUUUAUUAUCUUGCUGUGUAGCUUCACUUUUAACUUGGUGAUUGAUCGCCAGCUAUUUUUUGUAGGUAGAUGCCUUGAUCUAAUAAUAAAAUGCUGAUUUUGCCG